AUGUGCCUGGACAACACUGGCACCGCUGGAUCUGCCAUGGCCGCCUCGAGAGCCACCUCCGCCGGAGCCAUAACCUCCUCCUCCUCCUCCGCCAGUGCUGGGAAGAGUGCCAACUCCAACCAACUCAGCUCGGACAAUGCUGGCACCGCUGGAUCUGCCAUGGCCGCCUCGAGAGCCACCUCCGUGGGAGCCAUAACCUCCUCCUCCUCCUCCCGCCAGUGCUGGGAAGAGUGCCACUCCAACCAACUCAGCUCGGACAAUGCUGGCACCGCUGGAUCUGCCGUGACCGCCUCGAGAGCCACCUCC